AUGGUUGGAAAAAAAUUAUUUACCGUGAAUAGAACCUUAAGUAAAGUGAAACAAAGUUCGAAAUACGCGAGUGUAUUAAUAAGAAAACAUAGUGUGUGGACUCAGGACAAAGUAAUCAAGUCUCCAUACAAGAGUAUUGAGAUACCAAACUGUACUUUGUACGAUUAUGUGUGGCAUAACCUAGAUAAAUGGCCGGAGAGGACGGUUUCGGUAUGUGCCCUUACCGGCCGAGGGUACACCUACGCGGAUGCCUUUAAGCUUUCCAACACUUUUGCAGCUAAUCUCCGUACAAAGUUCAAAAUUCGCGAUGGUGAUACCAUUGCAGUGAUGCUGCCCAAUGUUCCUGAUUAUCCCUUAGUCGCUUUAGGUAUUCUAGGAGCUGGUGGAAUCAUUACCAGUCUGAACCCAAUUUAUACUGCCCAUGAAGUUCAGCGUCAAUUACUAAUGUCGUCAGCGAAAAUCAUCGUAACGCUACCUGAAAUAGUUCCAACUGUUACAGAAGCUCUUAAAAUAGGCAAACUAAAUAUUCCAAUAAUUGUAGUGAAAACAAGUGAAGACCCGAUUCCAGAAGGGAUAGCUUGUUUCAACGAACUCAGUGAAGAUGUUCACGUAGACAAGUCGUGUUUGAAAGAAGUCAGAAGAGGUCUCAACGAUAUUUGCUUUCUACCAUAUUCCAGUGGUACUACGGGAUUACCGAAAGGCGUAGAGCUAUCUCACAGGAACAUUAUAGCCAAUAUGGAGCAAGUCAACGAGCCUUUAAUUCGCUGCCAUAACGACACCACAGCAACACAUCAAGACGUAGUGAUGGGAAUACUGCCGUUCUUCCACAUUUAUGCGGCAACAGUAGUGAUGUUCCACAAGAUGUCCAUUGGGGCGAAACUCGUGGCGCUGUCGAAGUUCCAACCGGAAGCUUUCCUGCACACAUUGGAGAAGCACAAGACGAAUACUGUGAUGGUCGCACCGCCCUUGAUGCUCCUGAUGGCUUCCCAUCCAGCAGCUACAGAAAAAACUCUUCAACACAUUGAGGUUUUAGUCAACGGGGCUGCACCACUUGCUGCCAGUGAUGUUGAACGUUUUAUGGAUAAAGCUAAGAGAACAGUAGACUUCAGGCAAGGGUACGGGCUGACAGAAACGUCACCGACAGUUUCAUUGAGUACAGUAGGCUCAAAAAGCUAUGAAAAAACCGGAGCACCUGUAUCGGACACUGAAGUGAGGAUCGUCGAUCGGGACCUUAACAAUUUGGGACCGAAUGAGACUGGCGAGAUAAUAGUUCGAGGGCCACAAGUUAUGAGAGGGUACAGAAAUGAUCCUCAAGCCAACAACGAAGCCUUUACAGCCGACGGUUGGUUUAGAACCGGAGAUUUAGCAAUAGCUGAUGAAAAUGGUCAACUCACCAUUACUGACAGACUAAAAGAAUUAAUUAAGGUUAAAGGAUUUCAAGUACCUCCUGCAGAAUUAGAAUCAGUCUUCCGCGAACACCCUUUAGUCAACGAUGCAGCAGUUAUUGGUAUUUCUCACGAAAUAAAAGGAGAAACGCCAAAAGCUUUUCUGGUAUUGAAAUCUGGAGAAAAAUGCUCUAAAAAUGAACUAAGGGAAUUUGUUAAUCAGAAAGUGGCAGCUUAUAAACAAGUAGAUGACAUAAUGUUUGUUGAUGCAAUCCCUAAAAGUGCAUCGGGAAAAAUUUUGAGGAGAAUUUUGAAAGAAAAGUACUGUUAG